AUGGGGACAGUGAACGCUGUUCUCACGGUUCUAGCCGUAUUCACCACUUACUGCAAUUCUUUGUGUCCAGUUCAUCCCAAAUGCUCCUGUAGACCGGCAAAUGGCACGGACAUUGUCUGUACACAGUUCAGUAGAACGAUUCCUCGAUUUUUGGACUCGCCCGUCAACUUUCGAAGUCUAAUAUUGUCAAACAAGCGGACUUAUUCAAUCGAAGAGGGCUCCUUCUUGAAUGUGAGGGCCACUGUGUUAAUCAUUAACUAUGUCCAAAUCACAACGUAUGGUUGCGAGGAUUUUGUUGGACUGGAAGCGAAGCUCGUCCAGUUGUUCGUUUCCAGAACUACGCUCAGCUUAAUCCCAAAAUGUGCGAUUGCUAACCUGACAAGGUUGACUAGACUCGAAUUAACGUACAACCAGAUCACUGAUAUCCACACUGAAGAUUUUGAAAGCCUCAAGGAUUUAACAUAUUUAAGCCUUGCCGGGAACAAAAUUACAAAUGUCGAGCCCGGAUGUUUCAGAGGUCUUGACAAAUUAAGCAUAUUAGACCUAAGAUUCAACAACAUUGCUCAACUCUCUGAUUUUUCGUUUCAAGGUCUGGUGUUUCUGCAGACGAUAUAUUUGCAAAAUAACAGCAUAGUCAGCCUGCCUCUGAGAAUCUUUGAUACAUCCACGAAGCUAGAAAGUGUACGUCUUGACAACAACGACUUGGAGGCACUUCCGGGUAAUAUUUUUGACCACACUGUUAAUCUGAAAUAUUUUUAUGUUACAAACAAUCGGUUAUCAUCUCUUCCACCUUUGAUAUUCUCCAAAACUACCAGUUUAUAUCAGCUAGGCCUCAGUGCAAACAAGUUGAGAGAUAUACCUCUAAAUCUGUUUAACUCAGCUCCUAGUAUUCGGUUCAUAUGGUUGUCAGAUAACCAGUUAAAAACCUUUAACUUUGAUGUCGUAUCAGGAUUAAAUCUUCAAUAUUUGCACGUUAACAGAAAAAGAAACAGCCCACAGGCUAUAGAUAGCUCCAAGUACGAAUCCUUCAUCAGCGGUCUCUUAAGGAACUCUCCUUCAGUUCUCUCCCUGAAACUUAGAAACAACGGUAUCAAAUCUCUACCGCUGGGAGCUUUCAGUGAAUUAAAGGUGCUUAAUACAUUGGAUCUCAGUCAGAACAAGAUCGACGAAAUACCGGAGAGAUUUCUGGCCAACUCCCCCAAGGUAAAGUACCUUAUGCUACAACACAAUCACAUCAAGGAGAUUCCACCAGAUAUCUUCACAGAUUUGGAUUCAGCGCUUUACCAUCUGGACUUGUCUGGUAAUCAACUGUCAUCCACUGCCGCGAAGAGGUUAGUGGGGCAGCUACCGAAACUGAGAAGUCUUCGUGAGCUUUUGCUGUCCGAUAUGCCACUACCCUCCCUGUCAGAUAACAUCACAGAACUGCUCGGCCUGAUGAAUAUACUACAUUUACGCAACUGCUCCCUAGACGAGACAACUGAAAUUCGCAAAAUGUUGUCUGCAAAGGAGACCGAUUUUUCGAAGAACAGUCUAAAGACAUUCGGAACAGCCAGUGGACCAGUGAGUAUUACAAUCUCUUACAUGACUUUGAACAUAUCCUAUAACUAUCUUCCAGAGAUUAACAUAUUGUUUUCUCCAGUGCGGUCUAUCAGUAUAGAGCUUCACGCAGACAACAACCAGAUAGAGAAAGUUACGUUAUCUGGAAAUGGCACCACCUUCGUCUACUUCCGACAUUUAAGCCUGGCCCAUAAUUCAAUCAGACGUUCCUUGAAAACAUCACGUUUAAAGGAAUGCACCAUUUUGGAUCUUUCACACAACAGGUUUUCAAACGUUACAGAGUUCCCCUUGAUGGAUCCUUCAAUAUCAACCCCUUGUACAACUUUCCAGGUGAUCACUUUGAACUUUUCUCACAACGUUAUUACCAACAUUUCCCCAAAUGCUUGCCUUGGUCGCGUCACUACUCUUGACCUCAGUUACAAUCAGCUAACAGCACUGCCGUUUUUAAUCCCCGUCUACAAAAGUCUGACCAUAACUCUGAAGAGUCUUUUCUUGAUGGGAAAUAAGCUCUAUUCCUUGUCACCCGAUAUACUCGGAGGACCACGUACUUCACUUCGCACUAUAGAUAUCCGUUUAAACCAGUUUCGUGAAAUUGACAAUUUGAAAGAAAUCAUCACAUCGAGCCCUCUCGCUGAGGUUUACCUGGCCGGGAAUCCACUCAGCUGCAACUGCAGUUUAAGCGUGGAUGAGGGCUGA